AUGUUAUUCAAAUCAUUACAAUCCAUCACCCAAACCCAAUCAAGAGUUGAAGUAUCAUCUGUCGGUAUUACUGGAACUUCAAGCCAAUCAAAAAACUCUGUUGCUCUCUUGGACAAUAACAAUGUCAGCAUUUUAAAUAACAAUCAAGGAAAUAAUGUUCUUGGUAUCCUAAGUCAACAAACUCAAUAA